UCUCUCUCUCUCCUUCGCUCUAAUUUUUCUGGAGAAGAUUUUUCCAGAGAUUUUGAGGUGAAGGAGGGAGGAGGAGGAGGAGGACAACAAUCGCAUUGAUUUAUGCGAAACUCUCCUACUCGAUUCCUUCUUCGGAGAUCAGAAUUAUCGAGGAUUGAUGAUGAUUAUGGUUCCGGAAUCAACAUUGAGUUUAUCUGGAGAAGAUUUUGAAUUCGAUAUUGAUUUUGAGUUCGAUGCACCUAGGUUCUACGAUUUCUCUAGACACGAGCUUUAUUCAGAAACCGAAGAAAUCGAAAUUUGGUUUCAAUCCGCUGGAAACUAUCCUCCUUCACCUUUUAGCCCAAAGUUCAACUGGAAAUUUGAGCCACUUGAGCAAGUUACCAGCACCAUCUCAGAAUCGAAGCCUGUCGAGGUCUCAGUCGAAUCCUUGGAUACCUGUGUGAAUCGCAAUGAUAAAGUCAACGGGUUCAUAUAUUAUAACCAAACAGUUAAAGAUGUCUCCAAGACUAAACCCAAAUCUAAAACCAAAUCGAGAAUCUCUACUCUGACAAGACCUACGGCUUCUUUGCUUGCAAGGCAGAACAAACCAUUAGAUAAUUACUCUGUUCAACUUCUGACGAGAUGUCAGAGGUCACUAUCCAAGUUUGGUGAUAAGGUACCUCCGAUCUUAGUCUCUAAGUUACAAAAUCAAGACAUCAAAAGGCAAAAACCGGAAGCUAAGGUUGCUCAUGUUAGCAGAAGAUCUAAACUCACUGUUCCAAGGGAACCAAAUCUCAGAACUGCAGAAAGAUCUGAAAGACACAGGUCUAAGGUUAACUCAGAAACCGAGCAGAUUGUGAAAUCAAGUUCUAAAAGACAAACUAGGAACAAGAGUAUAAAUCUGGAACCUUCUUCAACGUCUUUGCCUAAAACUAAUACGCCACGGUCCCAAGAUCUUCAGGCAUUUCGUUUAAGAACAGCACUGAGAGCAAAGGAACGCUCAGCAAAUGCUAAAACCGAUGCCAUACAAGAAAUUGAUGCUACUAACUCCAAAACGCUUAAGCGUACUGGUUCCUCAAAAAGUAGGAUAGCCAAAGAAAACCACAGCAGAAAGAUAAAUUGCCAAGUGUAUGAAACUAAAACUUCUCCUCUAGACCCAAAGAGAUCAAGCAAAGAAGAACUCGGUGAAGCAAUCCGCCUAGAAUAUGGAAAACAGAGCUCCUGCCGGACAGAUAUCAACAGGAGCCUGGAUUUAUGCCGGAAGUUUAAUUUACAGGAAGUUGCAAGGAACCUAAUCACUGCUUAAUCUUCACCUGGAAGAUGUUUUCAUCAUGUUUAUACAUGUAACACACGCCUUCCUAUGUCUAUAUAUAUAUAUAUAUGUAAACGUGUAUACUUUGUUUAGAUAUAUGCAUAGAUAAAGAGAUUAUCUAAAUUUUUGUU